AGGGGGAGGAGGAGGAGGAGGAGGAGGAGGAGGAGGAGGAGGAGGAGGCGGCAUGGCGGCGCGGCGGGCAUGGUGCCUCAGGCGGCUGGGGGCCAGCGGCGGGUGGCUGCUGCUGGAGGCCGGCACGCAGGUGACUAUCGGCCGAGGAUUAGAUCUCACGUACCAGCUGGUGUCAAAAACCUGUCCCUUGAUGAUCUCUCGUAACCACUGUGUUUUCCAGCAAAAUGCAGAAGGGCAGUGGACUGUCAAGGAUAACAAGAGUCUGAAUGGAGUGUGGCUUAAUAAACAGCGCCUGGAUCCUUCAAAGACCUAUCCUAUAACUGAAGGAGACCGUAUCCAGUUGGGAGUGCCUUUGGAAAACAGAGAGACUGCCGAAUAUGAGUAUGAAGUAAUUAAAGAGGAGUGGGAGAAAAUCAGACCCUAUUUAGCCCAAAGGAAUGACCUGGGGAAAGCUAAGAGUUCAAGAACUAAACGUAAAUUUAGUUUGGAGGAAUCAGAGACAUCUGGAUCAGAAGGCCCUUCAAAUUCCAGAUCCAAAAGAGACAGAGUGUCCUAUGACAGUGAACCUUUGGGGAAACCAUGUGGAAGGGUAGAAGAGGUAGAGGAGUUGGCAGAGAAGAUGGAUGUUGAGCUGCCUUCUCCUGGCUCAAGUGAGGAGGACGGUGGUCCAGUGCGUAGCAGUCCUGUGCAAGCCGAGAAAGCUGUGUCUGUCGCACCAAAGGACCAGAAGGGCUCUGUUCUUUCUCAGUCGUGGAGUGGCCUGGAAAAGCUGAGGAAAACUCUUGGAGAUAUAAAGGAGUUAAAAGUGAAAGUGCAGGAUAAACAGACAGCAGUUCUGAACGCGAAGCAAAAGCGCAGGAAGGCUGCUCAGAAGUCAAUCCUAGCAAUGGAACAGGAGCUGCAGGAAUUGCAGGAGCAGCUGUGCACAGAACAAGAGCAGCAUCAACAGCAGAUGGAAGAGCUGGAGAAGACAUUCUCCAAAGAGCAGCAGAAUCUAGAGGGAGUAAAGUGGCAACAAGGAGAAGAGAAUCUGAAGGAGCAGCUGACCCAGGUCCUGCAAGAGCAUCACGCUUUGAUGGAAGAACUGAACCGUAAUAAAAAAGAUUUCGAAGAGAUAAUUCGAGCCAAGAAUAAAGAACUGGAAGAAACCAAGGAAGAGAAGGAAAAGGUGAGAGCCCAAAAAGAGGAAGUGUUGAAUCAGAUGAAUGACGUGUUGGAGAAUGAGCUGCAGUGCACAAUCUGUUCUGAACACUUCAUUGAGGCAGUCACUCUGAACUGUGCGCACAGUUUCUGCUCCUACUGUAUCAAUGAGUGGACAAAACGCAAAGUGGAGUGCCCUAUCUGCAGGCAGGAGAUCAAGUCAAAGACGCGCUCUCUGGUGCUGGAUAACUGCAUUGAUAGGAUGGUAGAAAACCUGGAUGUGGAGAUGAGAGAGCAUCGCCUGUCCCUGAUCAGAGAGCGGAAAGGUGAGAGAGAAAUGGAAGAUGUUGGUGAACCCAGCCGAGGACAAUGACAGCAAUGUCAUUCCUUCCAUCUACCCCAUCUUGUCAGUGAGCAGCUGUGACAGUGAAGACUCUGAGGAGGAUUCUUACCAUGGUGAAAGCAACUGCAUUAUCUAAACACUAACUUUAGACUGGUUUGCCUGUGUGCUGCCAAGAACCAACCUCAUGCUAUUUGGUUUACUACUGCUGGAUGAAUGGAUUGGACAUCUGGAAGGAGAGAUUCCAUGAAGAGGCCGUAACUGAGAUGAAAAGUAGCAGCGUUUGGAAGAAGGACUUUAUUUUUUAAAUGAAUGUACAGAAGCUUAAUCUCUAAAACGGAAUUUGGAUUGUGGAAGAGCAAGCUGGUGUUAUGCUAGAUAGUUGACAUAAAACCCAGGUUACCACAAUCACUUGUGACCUCCUGGUUAGUGUGGUAUAUAUGUUUGAGUGCAUUGCUGCCCUUUCCUGAGUGAAUGGAGUGUCUUAAAUGUGUACACCAGGUCCCCUUAUUCAGCCAGCAGAGGAAAUGGCACAAGCUAUUUGAGAACUUGAUCAUUCCCACCGCCUAACAGGAGAGGUAUAUCGGAAAAACAUGCCAAUGUGGGUUUUCCUCUUGAACUUUUUGUCAGCUCCAGUCAUCCUAGGACUUUCUGGCACUAAAGUUAAAAAAGAGUGGGUUAUGGGUCAUAUCAGCUUUACGUGCUUACAUGCAUCAUAAGCUAAACUCCUGGCUUGUUUGUUCAGAUGAUGUUACUCAUUUUCUGUUGGGUAGCGAUGGAGAAGAUUAAAUCUUCCAGAAUUCCUUAGCUUGUGCCCUUUUCAUAUAGCAUCUUUGGUUUGUUCCCUUUCAGGCUUUUGCAUAAGGAGUUGUAGAAUUUUGAAGCAGCACAUCCAGAAGUUAUUAGCAGUGACUUCUAAAAGAUAUUUACUUCUUGUCGGUGCCAGAGAGGAAUUUUGGUCUCUUCAGAAGUACUGCUAGCUGAAUGAACAAAAUGUUCCAUUGGCAGGGUAGGAGAGCAGCAUCUGUAGUCAGCCACAGACAGAAGGAAGUGCUUAGGUCAAUUGUUUACAAAACGUUGCUGUUGAGCUGUGUCUUGUAUUGCCCUCACAGCAGAUAAUGCGUCCCUAAGACUGAGCAAGUCUUGCCUCAUCCUGUCGCCUAUGUGAAAUAAUACAAAAUUGUCUAUGAAAUUCAUUUCUCAGAGGUGUAUGCUUUUGACUUAGCUUUUAGUUGGAAAGCUUUUACCAUUACAUCAAUGAGAGGAGGAUGAAGAAAGCUUUUCUCAUCUGUAGUAUUUCUUUGGCUAUUUGUAUGUAUUUCUUGUUUCUUUGUCCAUUUUGUUUAAGAUGGAAAAUAUAAACCCAUUUGUGCAUUAGCCUUCCUCGGUGCAACCCCUGAGAUGUGUCUUUCUCCUAGUUACCUUAGAAUUUUUUAGAAAACCCAGAUUGUCUCAUUUUUAUGACCCUGUUUGCUUCAUGUUUUGAUUGCUUUAAGCAGUUUGACUAUUUUAAAUUUAUUUGAAAGACUGUUGUAUGCAGGAGUUGAUAAAAGACAUCCCAGCUCUUUAAGCCUGUGUUAGCAGUGGCUAUCAUAAUGGUAAUUUAGUAGGUACAAUCAUAUCUUCCACUGAAGAAAUACAACAUUAAAAAGGUGAAUGAAUGAUGAUGCUAUUCUAAGAAAGUAGUGCAUUCUGGCAGGUUUGAAUGGUAGCACAGGGGAAAAAUAUGUGAUCUGUGGGCCAGGUACCUUUCUUAAAGCCUUAAUGUAAGGUUGUUCCUGUGAAGAAGCUAUUACAUCUUGAAUUUUCUUCUUGUCCUUUUAAUGUUAGAAAAUAUAUGGGCUGUUGAAAGUUUAUUUUCUAAAUAUAUGCUCUCUAGAAUGUCAGAUAGAAGAGGGCUCCCUGAAACACUUAUGAAACAUCCUGACCUUGAAACAGGCAUUACUGUUGAAGAGGAGUAGCAGGAAAAUAUUCUGGUUACCUCAAACUGCAAAUUCUUGUAUGCUGUAUCUCUUCCAUGGUGCUUUGCUUUUUUUUUUUUUUUGGUUGUUUCAUUUUGCUAAAUAUAUUUAUUUUUGUUACGUUGGUGUUUAUGAAUAUUCUAGAAGAAGAUGGUACUUCUAGUAACAGAGCAGCUCUUUGGUAUGCUUUCUCAGUGUGUCCCCCUUUUCACUAGAAUAUAGAGAAUAUUCUUCAUAUUCUGGUGAAAAGGGAUGUGCUCAGUAUACAAGUGAUACACUAAACUGUUGCAACUGUUACCAGCAGGUGCCCCAAAAUGCAAGUGGACUACUAAACUUUUUCCACUGUUACCAAUAGCAGCAUGGAAUGUAAAGGUCCAAGGAGAGACGCUAAGUAGUAAUACUGUUUACUUGUGAAAGCAAGAUAAUAAUCAUCAAAUGAGCGAGAUGAAAUGAGCUCAGUGUGACUUCCUUUUUUCCUUCACUGAGGUUGAUUUUAAUUACAUAGCGUAUAAAUACUGGUGGGUGACCAAAGAGCAAAACUGUAACCCUAGGCUACUGGCUAGAACAGUGGAAGAACACAUUAGACGGUACACAGACUAGGUAUUUCCAUAUGAAUUGAGCAAGAUGAAAAGAAUCCUAGAAUGCUUUGAGUGAUCAUUAUUAUAAUCAUCAGAGAACUAGCAGAGAAUGGCUAAGGCACUAGAAUUCUGAAAAUAGAUGCAUCUGCCUAUCUUUAGAGAAGGAAAAGUAAGAAAGAUAUUGUAGGCCUGCCAGCUUAGUUUGAAUUCUAUAUCUUCCACCAUCCACUCAUUAUUGAAAUAAACUUUUUUUUGGUAUGCAUAUAGAAGCUAAAAUGAUUAAUGAUGAGAGUGUUCCGCUAUUCUAUGUCAGGCACAAAACAUGCUAAAAUAGUGUUAUUUUGAUAGAGAACAAGUUAAGCUGUAACUAUCUUAAAUUUUUGGCACCUUUUGAUAGUGCUUCAUACAAGCUGUGGAAAGGUGUGUGGGUGAGGCUAUUUUAAGAUCUGUUCACAACUUCGUAUAUUUCAUAAAUGAGUUUUUGGUGGUAAAAGGAUUUAAAGUGCAGAUGUUUCUCUUCCCCUCUGCAUUAUGAUCAAGCGUAAGAUUCUACACUUGUGCUCUUCUGUAGUCAAAUACAGAUUUGAAAAAUUUGGCCAGAAUUGGCCAGUUGCAGAGAGUGGGAUAAGGGAGGUAUUAGACAAUCUCCUGCUGCAAACAAAGGUAUGUAUCUGAAUGCAUAAGUGAGUAUAAGUCGUGUACCAUUAAGUGUUCCUUCAUCUAUUCAGCACUAGGAAGACCCUAGCAAUGCUUUCUCUGAUCUUAAGGACUGUGCUUCAAAGUGCAUUUGGAACAGUUGGAGAAACAAAGACGUGAAAACUCCAGUUCUCCCUCUCUUUCUGAAGAAAAAAAAAAAGGUGAGGCAGCUGUGAGUCUUCAAAUGCAUCAAAAGCUGUUUCGAAGACAGAGUAAUCUUUUUUCCAGACUUAUAGUGACUAGGACAAAAAGUAAUCAGACUUAAAAUUGCUAUAAGGAGAGUCCUGGUAGCAUUUUUUUCUACCUAAAUGUUUCAGCAAUACAGAUAAUAAAAAAACUGCAAUACUUUGGGGAGAUAUUUUAUGGUGCAGAAUAUUCAGCCCUUAAAAACAGGUCAGGCACACAUUUGAGUGAGUGUUUUUCCAUACGUUUUUCCCAGCCGCACAACCUACGAAAUCUGUAGUUCAUGAAGUACUAUUUUUUUUUUUUGUUUUGUUUUCAGAAACUUUGUUAAUCUGUAAAGGUGGUGUCUACACUACUGGAAACUAUUUUAGAAUUUAAUUGAAAAAUGCUGUUCACCUGUAUUUGGGGGAAGUAGGUGAUGUCCCAAAGUCCCUUUUCCUGUGAUUCUUUGGACCAAGUCAUUUCCUCCUCCCCGUCCCAGUGCCUGAGUUCUCUGCCUGGACUGGUCUCUUCUCUUUCUCCCACUGAGUAAGCAACACUCUCCUGUUGGCUGUGUGAGACCUUCCCUAGUAUUUGCUGCAUGGGCUCGAAGUCUGCAGACUGUAAACAUAGUUUAAGAGUGGACACAGCAUCCAGGGAAGGGUGGGGGCUUACAAAGGAGUUCCUCCUUUGUAAGUUUUUUUUUAGUGGUGCUAUUGCUGCAACCUCAGCCCUGCUUCUUAGAGUACUUUGAAGAUGGUGAGUGUAUAUGGAUCUUGUUCGUGAGGUGAGUUCUUAAAUCCAUAUUGAGUGUUAGAGUAAUUGGUUGGAAAUUACUGUUGAAGGAGGGCACAAUGGUACUGCCCUGUAUGUUGGUGGGAGUUGUCAUGAACUUCUAGUAGACAAUAUUUGCCUAUCACCAUUUCUUUUCCUUUACAAAAUCAAUCAACAACAAAUAAAACUAUCUUUCAGAUUUGGAGAAGAAUAAAACUUGAGCUACUGUGAA